AUGAGUGAAGACACUGAUGGACUGACAGAGCUGGCAGAGCUGGACUCUGAGCACAAUGCAGAGCUGGCUGACAUGGUGGCCGCCAUGAACGUGGCAUCCAACCGGAUGACCCCUCCCAACGGCCACCGAAGGCCCCUUGCACCAGCGCGCCGGAAGCUGUCAUUGUCAGACAGGAAGCUAUCAUUGCAGGAGCGAUCAACCCAGCCGCGAGAGGCUCGACAGCCCACCAUCGAGUCCAAGCGGGUGUCCAUUUCAGAUUCCCAGGAUUGUAUCCAGCUCAACCAAUACAAGUUGAAGGAUGAGAUUGGAAAGGGCUCAUAUGGUGUGGUGAGAUUAGCUUACAAUGAAGAUGAUGAACAAUACUAUGCAAUGAAAGUUUUUUCAAAAAAGAAGCUGAUGAAGAUGUGUGGAUUUCCUCGACGCCCCCCUCCCCGAGGAGCCAGCACAGAACAGGGACUGCCACCCAAACCCCUGGGGCCACUGGAGAGAGUCUACCAGGAGAUCGCCAUCCUGAAGAAACUAGACCACCUUAACAUUGUCCAUCUGGUGGAGGUUCUUGAUGAUCCUGCUGAAGACAAUCUCCACAUGGCCUUUGAGUUACUGCCAAAAGGCCCAGUGAUGGAGGUGCCCUCAGACACUCCCUUCACAGAGGAACAAGCCCGCUUUUACUUCAGGGACAUCAUCCUGGGGAUUGAAUACUUGCACUACCAGAAGAUCAUCCACAGAGACAUCAAGCCUUCCAACCUGUUACUGGGAGACAAUGGGCAUGUGAAGAUUGCAGACUUUGGUGUCAGUAACCAGUUUGAGGGGAGUGAUGCUCUCCUGUCCAGCUCAGCAGGGACUCCAGCCUUCAUGGCCCCAGAGAUGAUGACUGAUCAUGAACAGAGCUUUACUGGCAAGGCCUUGGAUGUGUGGGCCAUGGGAGUCACCCUGUACUGCUUUGUCUAUGGGAAGUGCCCUUUCAUCGAUGAAUACAUCAUCGGCCUGCACAAUAAGAUCAGGAACAGGCCUGUGGAGUUCCCAAACACGCCUGAAGUAUGCAAGGAGUUGAAGGAGCUUAUUAUAAGGAUGCUGGAUAAAAAUCCUGAUUCAAGGAUCACCAUUCCUGAAAUCAAGGAGCACCCGUGGGUGACGGAGGAUGGCACUGACCUUCUACCCCUGGAGGAAGAACACUGCACCGUGGUGGAGGUGACUGAGGAGGAGGUCCAAAACUCCAUCAAACUCAUCCCCAGUCUGUCUGCUGUGAUCCUGGUGAAGUCCAUGCUGAGGAAGAGGUCUUUUAGUAACCCCUUUGAGUGUCACAACAGGAGGGCAGAGAGGUCUAUGUCUGCUCCAGGAGGUCUCCUUGCCCUUCUCCCAGGUGUGGACUCUGAGAAGGUGACCACUGCAGAGGGUGUGCUCAGCGCCGAGACCCCACUGCCCUUGUCGCUCUAA